GGGUCAUAUGACAAAAAUCGAAGAUGUCCGCUACAGAAGAGGACACGGAACUGAGAGACCUAUUGAUUCAAAAUUUGGAAAACAAUGGCGUUCUUAAUAAAAUUAAGGCUGAGCUACGAGCUGCUGUCUUUCUUGCUUUAGAGGAACAGGACAAAGUUGAGAAUAAAACCCCGCUUGUAAACGAAAAUCUGAGGAAGUGUCUUAACACUAAAGAUGGACGCAUUGUUGCCAGUUUAAUCACCGACUAUCUCCAAGUCUUCAAUUUAGACUUUACUCUUGCGGUUUUUCAACCAGAAAUUAACACGUUAAAUGGACAUGAAAGUCGUGAAAGUUUGAUUAGAGACCUUGGCCUUUCUGAAUCAGAAGGGAAUAAGAGUACCCCUCUCCUCCUUGAGUUAAUUAAGAGGGUCCGACACAAGGAGAAGACCUCCAUUUUCGCUGAGGGAGAUCGAGUAAUGCAUAUUCCCAAGGACCCAUCACCUCGUCAGAUUGCUGAAGCACGAAAAAAAUUUGACUGUCGAGACAAGGACAGGAUUGGUGGAAUAAGCAAGGAUGAAGUGAUUGGUGUUUUCUCAGAGCUUGUUCCUAAUUUCAGCAAAGAGAUCCUGGAACGAUACAUCACUGAUGAACUAGAAGCCAAAGACAGAAACAUAAGUGUUUCUAUAGACUUUAAGGAUUUUUUGGGAAUGUACAAAAGUUUUUUUACUCAGUGCAGAAGUGUAAUUACCAAUGAUGUUAGUGAUACAGUUUUCUCAUUUGGUAAGGUUUCGGACGAAAAGAUCACAUCACCUACCAGCAAGAUACCCAGGUAUAAGGGCUUUAUAAAGGCCAGUGCAGCGCAGGAAGAGCCGCAUGGGCCUCAGCCUGGAGAUCUGAGUGGCAGUGAGCUGCAGGGCUCCCAGAACAGCAAAGCAGCCAUGCAGCUAGCAGUUGGGACCAAUGAGGGUCUCGUGCCCACCACAAACCCUCCUGCUGCCCUGAAGAAGUCACUGGAAUUGUCCCUGGAGGAGGAGGAGGAGGAGGAGGAGGAUGAAGGAGACUCCUUCUUUGAUGAUCCUCUUCCCAAACCUCUGAAGACCUAUGGCUGUAGUUUACCCCCUACAGAUAAGCCAUACUCGGGGCAGAGACAUUGUGAAAAGAGCUUUAGUCAGAAGGAGAGCAAGCACCCGCAGAGGGAGGAGAGCCUGGCUGGGCCGUCCUUCUCCCAAAUGAGGAGGGGCACGAGCCUCAAUGAUCUGUCUGCUCUAGGCAGUGACACUGACGGGGUUGGAGGGGCCGUGCUCUCGGAGAGCGAGGGCAAGCGCAGCCCUGACUCUGGGCCCAGGAGGACAGAUUCUGUAAAGGCCGCAGGAAGAGUUCUCUCCACCAUGUCAGACCCCCCUUCAUUAAAGAGUGCAGGUGGAUCUGCAGGCAACAGCCAAAGAGACCCUGUCUCCAGCAAAAACGGUACAUCAGAUUCCAAAGAAAUGGGCCUUCAAGAUUUUAAAGCUGUGAAUGAGAAAGCUGGAUCUUCUCUGCUCGAUGUAGACCUUGACUAUGACGACGACUUCAACAGCCAUCAAUCGGAGAACUCGAAGAGUGAGGUGAGCAUUGGUGAGGAGAUUGAAGAGGUCUCCAUCGAGGGACCUGAUCUCAGUGACAAGCUUGACGAGAUCACCCAGGAUUUGAGUGUGUCUCAGCUGAGUGAAGGAGCAGAUUACAUGGAAGACGUGGCCUGAUGCACCGACCCCAGCUGCUUCGACUUCCCUGUAUUUAAGGAUGUAAUUGUCAAUUGUAUCAGCAGUUUCUAUUAAAGUGCUACUCUUCAGAA